CCAGAAGUACCUACAGAAAUAUUAUUAGAAAUGGACUCAGUAGAAUCUACAAAUUACCUAACAAAAGAGUCUCAAGUUUCUGAUACCUCAACGAUUUCGGUGGUAUCAGUUCGUUGUCGGAUAUGUUACGAUAAUGAAAAACCUGAAGAAUUGAUGGCUCCCUGUCAAUGCAAGGGAACUAUGGCAUUUGUUCAUCGCUCCUGUCUCGAAACAUGGCUAGGAGAAUCAGGACUAACAUAUUGUGAACUGUGCAGUCAAUCUUUCACAACUGAAAGAACCCCAAAGUAUACUUCAACUAAAUCAAUUUGGACUUGGUUUAAAUGUGGCUCCAGGCAUCCUGCAAGAAGUCUAAGGGGAGACGUCAUUGCUUGUGGAAUUGUAAAUCCUUUAACCAUAAUAGUAACAUACAUCUGCCUUUAUAGUUCAGAAUAUUAUGAUCAUCAAAGAUUUUCCUCACCUUCAAAAUGGACUGCCGUAUGCUUACUUUUGGUGAUUGGAAUUCUUUUUUUUGGAUAUUACUUAUGGGCUAGUUCGGUUCUACGAACCUAUUCCCUCAUGUGGUACAGUUGGUGGCAAAGAUCAUGCAUUGUCAGAUAUAUCGCGCCAAGCACAAUAUCUCUCAAUUCAAGAACUGAAGAUCAGGUACAUGUCCCAAAUAAUAGUCCAUGCUACUCCCGAAAUAUCAGCUGGACUGAAGAUCUAUAUCGCAGAGAGAGUGAUUUAUUGACUGCUGUAGUGAUACAUUCUGAGGCCUUACUAGAUGAUGAAGACCUUAAUAAAAAUUAUAUUCCUAACUAUCAAAAUUCAAGGACUGAAGUCAAAGGUGAAGAAAAUAGCCCAGCGACAGCUACGAUACAUAAGGCAUUACUAGAUAAAAAUCUCGUUGAUAGUGGAUCUUCAGAAUAUCUAACUUCCAUCAGGACUGAAGCCCUGACUCAAAGUGAAAAUGAUUUAAUGGAGACUAAUUUUGAUGCCGUAUCAGAGGGCAAAGGCCUUAUAAAAAAACAGGAGAACAACAUGGUAAUAGAAAAGACUGUACAACCUCUUAACAAUAUUUAUCCCUUACCCCAAUAUUCCAUUCUCACUGACGUCAUAGGUCAUGGUGAAAGUAGUUCAGCAAAGCCUGGAAAUCUUGAGAUCUCAUCAGAGAGUACUAUCAAAUCUGAGAAUAAAACUGUUAUCGAUAUAGAAGUAGACCAAUCUUGUAACUCCAGUGGAGAAUUGGAUUUAGAAUAAGAUUAUUGAUUGUAGAUGGUGUUAUUUAAUUUUUAGAAUAUUUUUCAAAAUUGAAAACAUAUUCUAUUUUCCAACUAAUAAUACAUACUUGGAUAAAUAUUAAUUUGAAAAUUGGCUAAUAUACUUUAAUGUUUGUUACAAAUAAAUUGUGGAAUUUGUAUACUUUAAGAA